AUGAUGCAGCCUACCUUGAAUUCUCUCGGCGGUGUUUCGGCCAUCGCGCAGACACUCGUGCAGAAUCUCCCCUUAUCUCCUACUCAGCAGGAAAUCAGAGGACUACUAUUUCUGUUCUUUGGGAUUACCUUUCAAGCGAAUCACCAGCUCAAUCCUGCCACAGACAAUGUGAAUGCUUACAACAACAUCAUCAACACAUUCGGCAUGGUCAACCAAGUAUUCACAAACCCUGCGACCAACCCCUAUAACAUAAAACCUCGAUACAGAUGCCUGGAAGACUAUGCAGUAUACUAUACACAUAUGACCCGUUCCAAUGGACAACAGGACUUUUCGUUGCCAUUGAUCGGAGAAUAUUUCGAUUCAGUCACAGAACAUGGACUCACAAGACCACCACCCUACAAUGACAUCUGGCCGGGCCUCAUGUAUGUCAACAAUCAGCUCGACGGCACCUCCGCCUGGCAUAUGCCAAAUCUAGUCUCCCCUUCAAAAGGGCACUUAUCCCAACGAUCGGCAGAUCUGGAAGACUUGCACGAACUCAAUCAUUUGGUCACAAUGGUGAACUAUUCGACACCUCCCCAAGUCGUACCCCCCGACUCCAACCCGCCCUCCACGGACGCCUACUUCACCAACCGAGACUGGCCCUCCUGGACCUUCAGCACCCUCUACCAAUCCUACGGCUACUUCUUCGCCGCCUUCCUCGGCCUCACCCGUCUCAACGCCGACAACUGGGCCAUCUUCGGCCUGUGCGUGUCCUUUCCGGAGCUGGAUUGCCUGGGCUCGUUCCGGGAUGAUGUCCGCACGGGGAGGUCGGUCCCUGGGGGUUUGUCGCCCGGAGCGGUGGAGAAGAUCCGGGAGGGCGGGUUCGAUCUUACGGGGGAUACGCCGAUGGAUCUGGACUUGGAACGGGGACCGGGGGGAGGAGGAGAAAGGGCGGAAGGUUUUGAUUUGGAGUUUGCGGAGAAGGGUGAGAGUCGCUUUAGAGAUGCGGAUGUGCCGGCGGCAAUUUUCGGUUAG